UUUGUGAAUGAUCCGGUGUCUUCUGGGACACAUGAAAGGUCCCAGAAGGCGCCGGGCCAUUCACAAAGCGCAGCGCUUCUCGCACAUGCGCAGUGGGCACCCAGCUGUAACAGAAGCCGGCCCGGGAAGAAGAGGGAAGGCAACUCCGCGGAAGUGGGAGCGGUCUCCGGUCAUCUCCUGUACUGUGUCCGCAGUCUCUGGUCAUCUCCUGUACUAUGUCCGCAGUCUCUGGUCAUCUCUCUGGUCAUCCCCUGUACUAUGUCCGCAGUCUCUGGUCAUCCCCUGUACUAUGUCCGCAGUCUCUGGUCAU